AUGAAAGUAAUCGGUCUCAAUUUAAUCACAUCGGACAGUCCAGGAGCACCUACUGAUCCCUCCAUCUGGCCAGUGGCAAUUGCCUAUGCGCGCCGUGUACUUGAUUUAGCCCGCCUUUUUGGCCAUCCAAUACAGCUUCUAGAUUUGGGGGACAGCUUAUGUGGAUGCCGUGUCUGUGCCUGUCCAUUGAAAUCGAUUUGUCCUUCCGAUGUAAACGGCUCUCCUUCCACGACCUAUUUAAGUGGUAAGCGCUCAUUUUUUAAAACUGCAUGA